CACCAUAGUUAGAUAUUAUUGUUGGGGAUUGAACUGGUAACAUUCCACUAAUGGGACGAUCCCGCCAACCAAAAAGCAACAUUUCUUGUUUUUGAUAAACUUGACUUUAUAUGCUAAAACUCGCAAAGAAGUAGUGCGAAACCAUCCGCUAUUAAACUGAAGAAAAGAAUCAAUAUAUGCCUUUAAUGUUCCUGCAAUAUUUCAUCAAGAGGAUCUGCUUUUAUGUAGCAGCUUCCUCCGGCAUACAUCAAUCGUGACUGUUUCCCUUUUGAAUCUUUUUAAGGAAUAGGUCAUUUUGUGUGUUUUCUCCUCUCAAAUUUUGCGUAAUUAACCGACUUUCAUAAACCUGCACGACAGGAUUUUUUUUAAACAAAUAAUAAUGCAAAUGAAAGCAUCGAUGGAAACAAAUAUACCUUAAAAUCUUCAGCAGCUUUCGAGCCAGAAUUUAAACUGCACCUCUCUCAUCAGCAGUGGCAUUUUUAAAGCUGGCGUUUUUACGCGCACGUCAUUAAAUUGUAGGUUUGCAGAUAGAAAUAUUCGCGGUUGUCUACAAGUGUUUACACUGAGAGGAUGAUUGGAAACCAGUGCGUGAAAAACAUAAUAUCCUAAACGCCAUCAUCAUUAUGAGUGUUAUUAAAAUUGUGGUUUAGUGUAAACACGUUUAAGGUUAAACUCUGUAUACAGAAAAUCACUGUUGAAUAAAUACUUUACAAAAGAAAAACAUACGACAACAUGUACAGAUUCUUGACUGGAGGAUUUUAUUAUUACUUAUUCUGUCAUACCUUUACAACGUAAUUUAGUGUAUUUAUUCAUCUAAUAGUAGAUCCGAAGCCAGUCAAACACUGAGCACAACCCUGAGCAGUAGUUAAAAUGAUUUGCUUUCUUCUAUCUCGUCUUUCCUCUUCUUUCUUUCUUUUUUUCUUUCUAUCCCCCCCCCUCCCCCUUUUUUCUUCAAACGCUACGAUGUUCAUAGCUUAGAAAUAAAUAUUCAGAAUAAUAUCAAGUGGGAAAGGAAAAGGAGUAGGAGCUAAGUGUUUUGCUUAAGAAGGGCGAUUAGUGCAUUUAAAGAUUAUAUAUCUGGUGUUAUUUAUGUUACAAAUAAUUGAGAGAAACACGGUUGUAGGUGAUGUGUACAUGUUGCUGUGUAGUGUGGCCAUGUGAAUUUAAUAUACAAUAAAAGAUGUAUUGUUAUUACCAUUAUUAUUGUUAUUACUGACUAAAUACGUAAAUAUUUUUUAAAAAUACAUUAUCUUUUAGUUAUUAUUAUUCUUAUCAGCAUUAUCCUGAAAGCUGUUUCCUGUUGGCGUGUAUGCACGGAAUACCCCUAUUAUAUUCUGAAAUCAUCUGAAAAAAUACAGUAUUAGACACUUAUCUGUCUGAUGUAAUAUAAACUGGGAUUGUUCCAGUAAUUUUGUGGUAUACGCACACAGUCUUUUCUACCGUUUUGUGCUUUUGUUUGUGUUAAAAAUCUUUAUUGCAACUAAAUAUUCCGUGAAAUGUGAAUUAGAGGAAGCAGCAUCUGCAAAAUGAUGAGGACAUGAAGGGAAAAGCAAUCUCGUGGAAUUGUGACGGUGGUAUGCCGCCACCUACUGGUCAUUCUUUAAAACAGAAAACAACUUUCUGAUGAAGGUAACUGGCACAGGAAGUCUUAGGUACACAGAAGAAAUAUUAAUAUUACCUUUUCCUUCUGUAAUGAUCUUGUUUGUGGACAAGGCUAACUGUACGCCUGGAACUCAUUAUCACACUAAGGGAGACUAAAGUGGAAAUGCAAAUGAAUUUUAACUUGUGCUGACAUGAAUUUUACUAUGAUCACAUAGUGCCAUCUACUGAUAAAACUUAGUCACACAAUUCGUCUUGCAUUUAGACAUUUUUUAGCAUUCCUGCUACUGACUGUAUGCAUUUAGUGUUAUGUAUUUUAUAUGAUUGCACUUAGCUGUAGCAAAUUAACACUUGUCACAUGUCUGCCUUUUCAUACGCUGCAAAUGAUGCAACUUAAUCAUUAAAACUGCAGUUGAAAAGUCCAAGGAGAGCAUUUUUGCCUUUAGUAUGAAGAACAAAGGGUCCUUUGGGGGAAAAGAAAACCCACUCACACACUUGUAAAAGAUUAUACAACAAGCACCAAUGUCUAUUUACAAGAUAUACAAGAUCUGGGGGGUAUACUUAUCCAGCAUAUCAAGGAUUAGUUGAAUUAAACUUCCUAUCUGAGAUCACUUUGUGCAAAAUCAUGCCAGUAUGCACACGCACACAGCCAAAGAAAGAGUCCAAUCUCAUAAUAAUGUUUUGUUUUGUUGUCCAAGAUACAGUGAAAAUUAAGUCUGCUUUAAUGUCGAUGAUACAAGAGAGUCCCUGGCCUUCUAUGAACAGCAACAGAACUAAUACUAAUUUGAUACAUUAUUGAUGACAGUGUGGACAUGCUUUCAUUUCCUUGUCCACGUGGAGGUGACUAGUCAGCUGCAGCUCCCCCGCAGUGGGUAGGAUGAUACUUUUCUUUCUAGGGGACAUUUCAGCAGGGGACACACUUGGUAACACAAGGAAUUUAGGUGUGGCAAUUCAGUUUCAGUUUCAGACCAACUUACUGUAGCUUCCUAUGGUACUUCAGUUGAUCAGUGUCAGUAAAUACUUUGAAGCGGCAGCACUAAUAGUUACUUUGUCUGGAAAAUGCAUUUUACAUUUUAUUGCUUUUAACACUGGUGAGAUUCCUGAACAAAAACUAAAGCAUCUCAGAGCUGUUCUCAUAUGUGCGCCUUAUGCUAACCAUCAGUCCUUAGGUUGAUCGAUCACUCUCCAUUUGUGCUGUUUCAAAGGAUGACUUUUCAUCAAACUUUAGUCUGUUGAGCUUUAGAUUUAUACCCAGAGGCCUGAUCACCAUUAAGUAAAACUAGACAACUGCUUUUACAGUGUAGCCAAGAAUGCAGAGAUACUGUAUCAGGUGUGGAUUGUCGAAAAGCAGGUAGAAAUUUUGCUAUGUGAAACUUUUAAGACUUUGUUGCUGCAAAGCAAGUAAAUGUAAAAUAAAAUAAAAAACUUCAAAGUAGCUUCAAGUAUGUCCUUUUUCUGCACUAAUUUUCCAUUGUAGAGCUCUGUAAAUGCUUUGCUUUCAUGUAGUUAUGAUGUUACUAACAAACAUAUUAUGAGAGUGUAACCGCGAGGAUAACAGGCCAGCCUUGGUCUAGUUAUAUGUGUCCUAUUAAUAGGCCUGGCUAAGGCUCACGAGCUUCGCUGUAACCGAACUCCAUCUGUCAAGUCACGUCCUCUCCCUGCUCUCCCCUCUACACUAUCACUGUAGCCGGGCGAGGGUCACUCUGGUCUGUGCCACCCUCCUAGUGGACAGACGGCAGGACAGGCAGACAGCUCAAGACCAUCGCGUAUUAUGGAGACUCUGUGUGUUCAACCCUCGCGACAGGACGGGCUGAUGAUGGAGGAGGAACAAGGGAAAAGUGGAAAACAGGAUGAGGGGGGAAUGAAGGCCUCUUCUCUCACGGGCUCCACCACAGAUGAGGAGACAGAUGACGACUCGGAACCAGAACCCCCACCAGUUAUUCGCAGGAAGGUGUCUUUCGCAGAUGCAUUUGGCCUAAACCUGGUCUCUGUCAAGGAGUUUGACAGUGCUGAAGCGGCAGAACUAGAAGUCAGUCGGGCUGCUGAGCAGGAGGCACUUCAUUCAUUAGAGGAGCUCUAUAUGUGCUGUCUGUUUACAGUCCCGUCAUCCCCGGAGGAGCUGGAACAGAGGCUGCAGGCACAGAUGGUCGAGCUGGAGAGCAUUGAACUCCUCCCAGGGACCGCCACCCUUCGAGGCAUCGUCAGGGUGGUCAACCUCUGCUACAGUAAGUCUGUUUUUGCCCGGAUCACUCUCGACCGCUGGAACAGCUGCUUUGACCUCCCGGCAGACUAUGUGCCCGGGUCCAGUGAUAGAAAAACAGACAGGUUUGCCUUCAAGUAUACUUUGGUGCCUCCGUUUGAGAGAGAAGGGACUAGAUUGGAGUUCUGUCUCUGUUAUGAAUCAUCAGCGGGCACAUUCUGGGCUAACAACAAAGGACUUAACUACGUGAUGUUCUGCCACCAAAAGGGACAGAUAAAGGAGCACGGGCCUCACAUGCAAGAGGAGAGCUACAAGAGCAAGAGGAGCUGUCUCAAAGCUAACAGGAAUGGAAGCACAGUGGAGAAGACCCGGGAUAAUGCUAACACAGCAACAGUUGCUACAGAACUAGAAGCAACACAGAGAGCAGAAAAGGCCCACAGGCAGACACUGGACAGCAAAGAUGUCCAGUUAUUACUUCACAGUGAUGAGCACAGAACUGUGGUGGAGAGCGUAAAAAGCAGACGCAAAGCAGCACGUUUGGCACGUGUGCAGGACUACCUCUCCCAAAGAACGCAUCAAGAAUCCAAGAAUCUUGCAUGUGACUCAGCCAGUGGCCAGAAAGCCUCUCAGUCUAUGCCGGCUCCCUGGGGUGACUCUGCCAGCUUGCUCUAUAAAUACCAAAAGGCGCAACCGAACGAGUGCCCGCAAGUCCUCACCUACCAUCAGAUUCCUCUCCUUACACUGGACUGGAGCAAUGACAAACCCCAGCAGUGGGAGACGGCUGACGCGGAUGACAUCUGGAGCAGAAGAGCUAAAACGAUCUUGUCAAAAGAAGAAAACACACCUUCUGCUGAUGACAUGUGGGAGACCUUUCUUCCUGGGACAGAUGAUACUGACAAUAAAAAAGCCUCUGUGUGCGAUGCGUGGCAGGCCUUUCUUAAUGGGCCCGACCAUUCUAACGUUCCAGAGUCAGAAUGGCUGCAGACAGCAGCAUCAGUGUCUCCUUCAAACGACAAAGGGCUCCAACCCCAAUAUUCAGCAUUUCGAGAAUUUCAACUGGGUGCCAAUAUUCCUGCCGCCGCACAGGCACACUGCUUAGAUGCACGUCAGCCUCUGUCAGACACAUGGGGAGAACUGCUUGCUAAUGUUGCCUUGAACACCGAAGACCACCAGCCAGCAGAGGCAUGUGUCACCAGCCCAAGAGAUGACAACGCAGCAACACAAGACGCAUCCCAAAGGUCAGAGACGAGCUCUGUAACAGACACUCCACAGAAACUUUGCCUCGAGGGGGCACCGCGGUCCGAGGACUCUAUUGACAGUUCAACCGAGUGUCACAAGCAUGUGGUCCGGGAGCCAGAAAGAGAAGGAAUAAUAGGAGGAGCAAAAGAAGUAGAAGAGGAGCCCAUCACAUCACACAUGGCUGACUUAAUAACAAGCUCAGGGGAGUCGGAGACAACAGACAUGACAGCAAUGCCAGGGUUUCAGAAUGCCAGUGCUGUUGAUAGUAUCUCACAGGGAGCAAGGCUGGAUGAGGGUCUUUCUUCCACCGGGGAAGGAGAGGUUACAGGUACUACACACAAUGGUGUAGAUGACAUGCUGGCAUUUAGGGAGACAAUCAGACAAGGGACAAAGGAUGGGGCGAGGUAUGUUUCUUCCACAUCCAGAAAAGGAGUGGAGGAGGAAGACAUCAUGAUGAACUAUACGGAAAAUAAAGCAUCUACAGAGGAGGAGAUAUUUAGGCCACACAGAACAGAAGAGAGUGAAACCUCCCCAAGGUAUGCAGAUGAAAUGCAGUGUGAGCAAUUUGGGCCAAACAGAAAUGGCGGAAAUCAGCAGGAGAGUGAUAGAAAUGAAACAGGACCUCAACAUCUACACGAUGGUGGAUUUGAUUCAAAGCAGGAAAACAAAAUCGUGGCAGCUGAAUUGAAUGAAGGCGUUCCAUUGAACACCAAAUGCGUGACAGCACUCGAAGAGACAGAGCAGGAAACUUACUUUUCAACAACAGGUGAGGAAACAAAGGGACUAAUAAGUACAGCAGAGGAAAGGUUCCAGGCGUUAGAUGAUCAAGCAUGGCAACAUAAUGAUACAGCUUUAGAUGUGAGUGCAUCAAUAAUUUUGGAUGUGCACGACAAACAGUCACAGUCAGUCCAAAGAGGCAAGGAGCCAAAAGUUGAGAUGAAGCAGGAAUCACAAAUGGAACAAAGUGGAGUGAAAUUGAAAGAAGGUGAGCACGGAUUAAACUUCAACAAGACAGAGGUGGGAAAAAGCUUUAGUUGCAACGGAAUAAUAGCAAAUCCAUCAGAACAGACGAGACCAAAAGAGAAAUCAAAUGAAGUCAACCAGGCUUUCCAAAGUGGCUGCAAUACAUUCAGACCUCCAGCAAAUAAAUGCAACCCAAAGGGACUGGAAGUGGUUGAAGUGGGAUGGACCGAUUCACAGGAAGACACGGAGGGUCAAAAUGAGAACAUAUGCGGUGAAACGAGCCAAGAGGAAAUCGAAGUAAAAGAGAAUGUCGCAAAGAAAGACACUUCAGCGGAACACCAAUCUGAGACGUUACAAAGACUAGAAGGAGAUACGAGUCAGGAAGACAGAGAUGAGAUGAUGAGCAUUCGGGAGCUGAAAAUGGAAGCAGGGAGGGAGUUAAUGGGUAAUGUGGAGGGCCCUCAGGGGGAGAGGAAGAAUGCACCGGCAGAAUUGAAAGAAGAAGAAGAGUUGUCAGCAGAAGUUGAGAGCUUUCUGCGUGUUGAAUAUAAAAAGCUGUCACAUGGAACAAAAGAACCUAUUAUGGGAGAAAAUACUGCAUCACUUGAGGUGAUAGAGGUGGGAUUGGAGGAGAUCUUCAUAGAAAGAUUUGUAGAAGAUUUGGUCAGGGGGAUUUGGGAAGAGGUCUUUGGCAGAGAAGUGCAGGCAUCAAAUAGACACACUGAUAUUGUUGAUGGAAUGGGGUGCAUGCUGAGAGAUACUACACAAGGCUGCCAUGUUCUUUUUGAAAAAGACUUCAAUGACACUUUUGAUUCAGGGGUAUUUUCCUUGACGGAAUUACCAACAGAUCCAAACUCAAGUUUCUGUCAAAAGCUGGAGCAAGCUGUAUCCACUAAAGGCCAUGAACGCUCUGUGGUAGAAGGAAGUAAGUUACUUGACAUAGCAGAACAAGCUCACGUUGUCUCUGAAUCACAUGCAGAUUUGAUUUUGAGUGCUAAUCCCAGUCACAAUCUCACCACCACCUCAGAUGCGCAUAGUCUGCAAUCAUUGCCUGAAACAACUCCAGCUCUGGCAGAAGCUCCGAUGGAUCUGGAAAGCCACACUCACAUAAAAGAAAGAUCGGCUGCUCGUUGUGAGACAGGCAGACAAAUAGAAGGCUGUGUAGUUGCCCAUGGAGAGAUUUUUAAUAAAUCAGCCCACCCAUCUCACAAACAUCCAUCAUCUUCCUCAGAGAAAUUAAAAGAGGCCGAUGGUCUUGUAUGGUGCAGUAUAUUAUAUAUCCUCAGUCACGUCACCAGACUUCUAAUCUAUGCCCUCUUAAUUAGUGGAUUCUUUGUCAUUGUUUUCCUCUAUGAUUUCCCAUCAGUCUUAGCUCUCUACAUAUUUUCAUUAUCAUGGUGGUUUUAUAAGUGGAAGAGACAACACGUGAUGACAGACAAGGAGAUGGUGGGAUAGCCUAAGAUUUAAGAAAAAGCAAGAGUGGUGAAGAGUGCUACAUCAGCACACUACUCUAAACUGUAAUGUCCACUACCAUGUACAGUGCUAUUAGUGUGUUUGUGAGUGUGUGUGCGUAUUUCCCAUCUAUUAAGUUACUUAAUAGACUGAUUCCAAAACUUUUUGGGGUUGGCGAACCAUUAAACCUGAACACAAUAUACUACGUACCUGUCUUUGGACUUGCGUGCAUUUUUUUGGUUAAUUUAAAUACAGUCUAGUGGUUAAAAAAUGGUUUAAGUUACAAUAAGACUCACUAAACAAACAGAAUUUGGUGCAGAAAUAUGUUUUUGUUGUUGCAUGUUUUGUAACGCUAUAAAUCUGUCUUGCAACUCCAAGUAGUCGAUCUAAUUUGAGUUCCCAUUAGGGCGUCAUUCUGUGGUUAAAAAAAAAGACAGAAUAAAGGAAUACAAUAAACUUCAAACUGAACUGAACGUUGUUAAAAUCAUAGGAAUUUUCACCUUUUGUUGAAUGUUUUAGUCCACAGAAAUGUUUAAGUGUAUGACGUGUGUAUGUUUGCUGUGUUUUAUGGGCCCAAUACCACUUUAUUAUGUAACAAAUGGAACAAAUUUCCUUGAUUUUCUUCAAUAAAAGAAAUUCAUGUGACAAAAAAAAAUACAACAAAGAAACCCCCAUUGUUUUUUAAAUUGACAAAGCAAGAUUUAUUUUGCCCUGGACAUUUUCAUAUUUCACAACUGAUGAACUUUGCAUGAUGCAUGUUUUAUGACACUACAGCUUUGUGGUUUGUUCACUACC